UUUCCAAAGCUAAAAACCCACCAAAAACCAUUUCAGAAAUCCAACAACAAUUUAUGGUAUCAAAAAACCCGAACCCGGCAGAAGGAUUCUACUUGGAUCCGACUGGAAUGGCGCUACCCGGCAUCGGACCCUUCGCCACGACUCCUGCCACUCCGGCCACGAAAGCGGCGGCAUCGACCGUUUCCUCGUCGGAGGAUCCGAGCAAGAAGAUUCGGAAACCCUACACCAUUACCAAGUCCAGAGAGAGCUGGACAGAACCCGAACACGACAAGUUCCUCGAAGCUUUACAGCUCUUUGACCGCGAUUGGAAGAAGAUUGAAGCAUUUGUUGGGUCGAAGACAGUUAUUCAGAUACGAAGUCAUGCGCAGAAGUACUUUCUUAAGGUUCAAAAGAGUGGGACAGGUGAACAUCUUCCUCCUCCCCGGCCUAAAAGGAAAGCUGCUCAUCCUUAUCCUCAGAAGGCUUCCAAAAAUGCUACAGUGCAGACACAAGUUUCAGGUGCCUUUCAAUCAUCUGCUCUUGAACCUGGAUUCAUUCUCAGGCCGGAUUCCUCAACAAUGUUGAUGGAUCCUGCUACCAGUCCUGCUGCGUCUUCCUGGACAAACAAUGUGCAAACUGUCAGCUUGUCACCCCUGCCAAAAGGGACACGAAUUGCAAAUAACUCUUGCAGUAGUACGGAGAGUACUAGGAGACCACGAUUGACUGGUGAAAUGACUGAGCAAGGGAAUCAUGGUCAUCCAUUAAGAGUGCUGCCAGACUUUGCUCAAGUUUACAGCUUCAUUGGCAGUGUCUUUGAUCCAAAUACUACUGGUCACUUGCAGAAACUUAAGAAGAUGGAUCCAAUAGAUGUUGAAACAGUGCUAUUGUUGAUGCGAAAUCUCUCCAUUAAUUUGACCAGCCCUGAUUUUGAGGAUCAUAGAAGGCUAUUAUCAUCAUACGAGGUUGACAUGGAACCAACUAAUUGCUUGAUUGAAGGCCGGACAGAGAUUAUGUAGGUACAUAUAUCGAAGACUUCCUUUUCGCAUACCUCAUCUUCAUUUGUCUCCUCCAGAGCUUAGUAACGACUCCUGCAAGGUAAUAUCCCAGGUGAAGUAUAGAGCUCGAAUAAUGAAAAAUUGAAAAUAUCUGCGACAGGGUCGACUUUGGUAAUAGGACCAUAUGGCGUCAUAUAUAUAUAUAUAUACAAACAAACAAGGAGGAUGAAAAAUAUUCAUGACGCAGGCAUGUAUGGUGUAAUAGUUGCCCUAAGCUGUUUUUCUAUAGAUAUCAUGUACAGAACGGUGCUGGGCAUUUGUGUUGGAAGUUUUGGCCCCAUUUGUUUUGGUGUAAUGGGUUAACAGGUGAUUGCAUAUCACUGUAUGUUUAGUUUCACAGGUGGCUCGUACGCGGCUGCUGUAGUUUCUGGAGAUGUGUAUGUAUACGAACUUCAGUUUUUCAAGAACUUGCUAUAUACCCAAAUUGUUCAUGGCGUUUUUGCCGUGUUUGGCUCUGUC